AUGGGUCUGCACGAAGACGAGGACCGCCAGUAUGCGGCAGAGGUUCAAGCCGUUCAGAACUGGUGGAAGGACUCUCGGUGGCGCUAUACCAAACGCCCUUUCACAGCCGAGCAGAUUGUGGCCAAACGUGGUAACCUGAAGAUCGAUUACCCGUCCAAUGUGCAAGCAAAGAAGCUCUGGAACAAGCAGGCCAGCUUCACCUACGGCUGUCUUGAGCCUACCAUGAUCACUCAAAUGUGCAAGUUCCUCGAUACUAUCUACGUCUCCGGCUGGCAGAGCUCGUCUACCGCUUCGUCAACCGACGAACCAUCCCCCGAUCUGGCCGAUUACCCCAUGGACACCGUGCCUCGCAAGCGAGGAAACGUUGCCAAUGUCGACUACCUGCGACCCAUCAUUGCUGAUGCCGACACCGGACACGGCGGUCUGACCGCUGUCAUGAAGCUGACCAAGCUGUUCGUUGAGCGUGGUGCCGCCGGUAUCCACAUCGAAGAUCAGGCUCCCGGCACAAAGAAGUGCGGCCACAUGGCCGGCAAGGUCCUCGUUCCCAUCAGCGAGCACAUCAACCGUCUGGUUGCCAUCCGCGCCCAGGCCGAUAUCAUGGGCUCCGAUCUCCUGGCCAUCGCCCGUACCGACUCCGAGGCCGCCACCCUCAUCACAUCGACCAUCGACCACCGCGACCACGCCUUCAUCGUGGGCUCCACAAACUCAAGCAUCCAGCCUCUCAACGACCUAAUGGUUGCCGCCGAGCAGGCCGGUAAGAACGGUGCUCAGCUGCAGGCAAUUGAGGACCAAUGGACCAGCCAGGCCGGCCUCAAGCUCUUCAGCGAAGCCGUCAUCGACACUAUCAACUCCGGCUCCCACGUCAACAAGAAGAGCCUCAUCGACCAGUACCUCUCUGCCUCCAAGGGCAAGAGCAACACCGAAUCCCGCGCCAUUGCCAAGAACCUCACCGGCGUCGACAUCUACUGGAACUGGGAAUCUCCUCGUACCCGCGAGGGCUUCUACCGCUACAAGGGCGGUACCCAAUGCGCCGUCAACCGCGCGAUCGCAUACGCGCCCUUCGCCGAUCUCAUCUGGAUGGAGAGCAAGCUGCCCGACUACAAUCAGGCUAAGGAAUUCGCUGACGGCGUGCACGCCGUCUGGCCCGAGCAAAAACUCGCCUACAACCUCUCACCCUCCUUCAACUGGAAGAAGGCCAUGCCCCGCAACGAGCAGGAGACUUACAUCAAGCGUCUCGGCGAACUCGGCUACGCGUGGCAGUUCAUCACUCUGGCUGGAUUGCACACCACUGCGCUGAUCUCGCACCAGUUCGCCAAGGCCUAUUCGCAGAACGGCAUGCGCGCCUACGGCGAGCUUGUCCAGGAACCCGAGAUGGAGCAGGGCGUUGACGUUGUCACCCACCAGAAGUGGAGUGGUGCUAAUUACGUCGAUAACCUGUUGAAGAUGGUUUCUGGUGGUGUGAGUAGUACUGCUGCUAUGGGUAAGGGUGUGACCGAGGAUCAGUUCAAGAACUGA